AAAACAGCACACAAAAACGCAAGAGGUGACGCACCUCCUCCAACCACUACCAGGCUCAUAGGAAGCUUCCCCUUCCCCUUCACUGCACCCCUCACUCUCCUCUCCUAUAAAUCAGAGCCCCCAACUCCUCAAAUCCCACCAAGAAUUGAAAUUAUGGUUCAAACAAUCAAGCUGGGGUCUCAAGGCCUUGAAGUGUCCGCGCAGGGGCUCGGCUGCAUGGGCAUGUCCUCAUACUAUGGCCCUGCUAAGCCCGAAGAAGACAUGAUCGCCCUCAUCCAUCACGCCGUUGCAAGUGGCGUCACCUUCUUGGAUACCUCUGACAUUUACGGGCCUUUCACCAACGAGAUCCUCGUUGGAAAGGCUCUCAAGGCUACUGGGGUUAGAGAGAAGGUUCAGUUGGCUACCAAAUUUGGACUCCAUCUGGUUGAUGGUAACUUCGAGGUGCAUGGCGAACCAGAGUAUGUUAGGGCGGCGUGUGAGGCCAGCUUGGAGAGGCUUGGGGUGGAUUAUAUUGAUCUCUAUUAUCAGCAUCGGAUUGACACUAAAGUUCCCAUUGAAGUCACAAUUGGGGAGUUGAAGAAACUGGUUGAAGAAGGGAAAAUAAGGUACAUUGGUUUGUCUGAAGCCUCGGCGUCUACCAUUAGACGAGCUCAUGCAGUUCAUCCCAUUUCAGCGGUUCAACUCGAGUGGUCUUUGUGGGCACGAGAUGUCGAACAAGACAUCAUUCCUACGUGCAGGGAAUUAGGCAUUGGAAUUGUGGCAUACAGCCCUCUAGGGAGGGGUUUUCUAUCAUCUGGGGCCAACUUCGUUCAGAACUUAACAGAAGAUGACUACAGAAAGAAACUCCCACGUUUCCAAGCACAAAACUUGGAGCACAACAACAACAUAUUCGAGAAGGUGAGGGAAUUGGCAGCAAGAAAAGGAUGCAGCCCAUCUCAGUUGGCUCUGGCAUGGGUUCACCACCAAGGACACGACGUGGCUCCCAUUCCUGGAACUACAAAGAUUUCAAAUCUUGAUUCGAACAUGAGAGCUUUAUCUCUCAAACUUAGCCCACAAGAAAUGGUUGAACUUGAAGCUUAUGCUUUAGCUGAUGGAGUUCAAGGAGGCAGAUAUGGCGAUGACAUUUCAACUUGGAACCAAUCCGAAACUCCACCCCUUUCUUCAUGGAAAUUUUGAGUUUAGGACUGACCGACUAUCUUUUAAUUUUAAUAAAGGUUCGAUAUAGAUGUGGAAACCUACAAUCUCUUUACAGAUCCUGAGAUAUAUAUUAACUCGAACAUUACUACAUCCAACCGUGUAAAACAUUUCAUUUCAUUUCAUUGGAGCGGUCUAUUCUAAAUAAUUUCUCAAAAA